AUGAAUCCACCUCUGUUCAGCGCCGUUUCUCCAGCAGCUCGCGAUUUGACACUUCUGUUAAGAUGCAUUGCAUUUGCUUCCAAGACGCAGGUCCGCUUAUCCCCGGAAGGAUUACGAUUCAGUGCACAAGAAACGAGCGUGAUGGAAGGCAAGCGCUUUUCUGACCACUUGAUUGAAUUCAUCCUUCUGACCGAUCUUGAAGUUCCCGAGGACGACUCGGCACAAGAUGCUCCUCAAGAUCCUACUUUUCAAAUCUCCCUUCCGGCCUUGCUAGAGACACUACAAAUAUUUUCUCUCGGGGACAGUAACGCAUUUCGACAGCAGCAGGAUCCAUACGAUACAUUCGCUGCACUCAGGCAAAACCGCAAUGCCAAUAAUCCCUUUUCCGCCCCGGCUCUGGGCUCCUCUGGGCUCUGUCGUAUCUCGUACGAGAACCGCGGCAGCCCUCUGUCAAUUCAGCUAUCCGAAUCAGAUGUCACUACGAACUGUGACCUGACUACAUACGAAGCCGAGACGACCGAGGAUAUCCCCUUUGAUCGAGAGACCUUGGCCCUCAAAACCAUCAUGCGCUCUGCACAUUUGGCCGACGCUAUAUCGGAACUCGCGUCCACAAACCCCACCAGUCUCUCUUUGAUCGCCUCUCCCACAGCGCCUUACAUGUCGCUCUCAGCUACUGGCCCACUCGGCUCGGCCACUGUCGACUUCAACAAAGAUCAAGAUCCUCUAUUGCUCGAGACAUUCCAAUGUCCAGCUCGCUUCCGCACGACAUACAACUUCCGACACAUCAAAGCCGUGUACCGCGCCAUGGUCUCUGCCACAAAGGUCAGCGUUCGCGCAGAUGAGCAAGGUGUUUUGAGUCUGCAGUUCUUGAUCGAGGUGGAUCCAUCAGCACAAGCAGAACCAAGCAAGGAAGGUAUUGCUUUUGUGGACUUCCGCAUUUUGCCUCAAGUCGAUGGAGAACUGCCAAAGGACGACUCGGAAACGGAUGACGAAUGA